CACUAAAGAUAGACAAUGCCCGUCUGGAAGUAGAUGACUUCAAAAACAAGUAUGAAAUGGAACUCAACCUGAGAACCAAUGUUGAGACAGAUGUGAGCGGUCUGCGCAGUGUACUAGAAGGACUGAAUCGAGAAAUAUGUAACCUUGAGAAACGGGUUCAAAACCUUCAGGAAGAAUUGCGGCAGAUGAAGAGGAACCAUGAGGAGGAAGUGAAUUCUCUACAAGCUCAAUUGGGACAAAGAGUCAACGUGGAAGUGGAUGCUGCUCCAUCAGUAGACCUGAACCAAAGUUUGUCUGAGAUCCGACAGCAAUCUGAAAAUCUAAUGGAGAGGAACCGAAGGGAGGUUGAGAACAUGUACCGCCAGAGGACUGAAGAUCUCAAUCGUCAGGUGGCAUCUGGGUCAGAACAGCUCCAGUCUGUACAAACUGAGGUCAUUGACUUGUGGUUCCACUCUGGUUCUUGA